AUGUGCCUCGCCCUCGUGUCCCGCACAAGUGUCCUCGGCAUCGUUAUGGCCUCUGCAAAGCAUACGUUCGGCGCCAAGUGCCGCCUCGCCCCGGUCCCGCGCCAGCCUCAUGACAAUGGCAUGCCCUCCGUCGAUGCCCAGUUCUUCUACUCGUCCCUCAUUCCCAUCGAUGACCCCUUGUCUACCAGCCCUACCGUUGGCGGCUAUGAUUCAAAGUCAUCCAGGCGACAACUUCGUCCUUUCGGCCGCGGCGACAAUGGUGCUCUUGACAAGGCAUGGCUGACCCUUGGGUCCGAUGCUGACCGCCACCACCACCGCCAAGCUAGAGCCGGCCACGACCACGCACCGGACGUGAUCAAGGAUGCCGCGGAAUUCAUGGCGCAGCUUGUGCAAACGCUCGCGCGCAAGCAUUGGGAAAAGCAUCGUCCCGCAUCUCGCUCCCAUCAUCCCUCCGGACCGGCCGCACAAGCCCUAGUGAGCGCUGCUACGGCCCCAUGCUGCUCCGAGCUCUCCGUGGACGUCUCUCAAGCGCUUCACAACGGCUUCUGUAGCCUCGCCAGAAAACAGAUCGUCGAGCUAGGCCUGGAUAAUGUCGUCCAGGAAGUUGUCGCCGCCAUGAAUGGAAGAUCCCCGGUCAAGGACCAGGGCAAUGACGCGACCUCGGAUGAUACCACCAAGGGCCGGUCUUCUGAGCCCGUGAAUCCGCCAAAGGCGACCAGUCGCGGUAGACAACCGGUGGAGAUUGUAGUUGGCGUGUCCCGGUUGCACAAAGUGUCUCUUCCUACGCUGCAGAUGAAGCCAAUAUACUGGUCCCCCAUCAACGACAUUGCAGUCGUGAUGAGGGCAACCUGGUUUUACAGAGAUACAAUGAUGCCGGUGGCUCCGGCUGUAGCCAACCAGCUCGAAGCUGGGUAUCAAGAGCUGCGACCGUGGACAGAGACUUGGAAUGAUGAAAUACGAUGUGCUCUUGAGGUUGGCCCGCUCGGCGAAGAGAAAAUUUCGCACUGUCUCUGGCCCGAGAACUCGAACCAGUUGGGCGGGGCCAAGGACGGCGAGCCCGAGCCCGAGUCCGCGAUAGCUUCGGAUCCCUUUUGCGCCGCGCGCUGUUUUCAUGGUGAAGCUGCAGCACAAGGGUCUAUCGAGCCUGCUCUGGAAGGGCGAUCGGCCGCCAAGGAGCCGCCAAGCCGGCCGUUUGCGAGUUACCAUGUUGUUUACAAAGACAGCACACACGCGUUCCUCCUGAAGCCAAGCCUCAAGCCCUCGGCCUAUUACGGAAGGAAGCCUGUGCAGAAGAUUACAAAGGGCAUCACGGUUGGUGUUCCAGUUACUCGGGGAUUUGACAGGCAAGCUUGGGAGCGCCUCCAUGACAAAGCGCAAGCACCGAACAAGCCGGGUGCCUCCGCGGCCCAGGAAUCCCAUGAGAGUAGCGGGCCCGGCGCCUGCCCCGCUUGCAAGGCAGAGAAAGACCGCGGCCAGGUCACCGAUCUCGUCCUCGUGGCACACGGCAUUGGCCAGAAAUUCGCAGAGAGGGUAGAGAGCUUCCACUUCACUCACGCCAUCAAUGGGUUUCGCCGGGCCGUGAACAUGGAAAUGGCCAACCCCAUCGUUCAGCGAGUCCUCCGCAGGGACCAGAACGGCCUCAUGAUUUUGCCUUUGAAUUGGAGGAUGGGACUGUCGUUUGAAGACGGCGGCCCGCUUCGCGAGGAAGACAUGUCGGAGUAUGCCCCUGAUGCGUUUGCGCUCAAGGACAUUGAGCCAGAUACCAUCCCCGCCAUCCGCAGCAUGAUGUCGGACGUCAUGUUCGACAUACCAUUCUACAUGUCUCACCACAAGAGCAAGAUGAUCAACGCACUCGUGUCCGAGGCAAACCGCGUGUAUCGCCUGUGGUGUCGAAACAACCCCGGGUUCGCCGAGAGAGGGCGCGUGCACCUCAUUGCGCAUUCGCUGGGGAGCGCCAUGGCCCUGGAUGUGCUGUCACGUCAGCCUACGUGUGUGCCAAGCUUGAACAUGUCCCAUCCCGAGCCGGAGACGCCGCACUUCGAGUUUGACACAAAGAACCUGUUUCUUGUGGGCAGCCCGGCUGGAUUCUUCCUCUUGCUUGAGCGAGGCGCUCUCAUGCCUCGGCGCGGGCGUCAAAAGCCUGGCGCCGAUCCUGGCGAUGUGACUGCCAAGAAUGUCGUGGCGAACGCGGGUACUUUCGGAUGUCUGGCUGUGGACAAUAUCUACAACGUCCUCGCAAAGGAGGAUCCUAUUGCCUAUCUGCUAAACGGAGCCGUGGACCCCGCGUACUCGGCGAGCCUCAAGACCGCUUAUGUCCCCAGCACGUCGACUUCCCUCCUCAAGUCACUGGGCGAUGCCUUGGAGAUGGAGGUGCAUGACUUUACACGUGAAGAAAUUGCCGAAAAGAAGGCUUUUCUUCUCAACGACAACGGACAGAUAGAUUGGUUCCUGCGAUCUGGAGGUGGCCCGCUCGAGAUUCAGUACCUCAACAUGCUCAGCGCGCACUCCAGCUACUGGUACAACCAGGACUUUAUUCGCAUGCUCUGCAUUGAGAUUGGUCGGCAGCCUGGCCGGGCCAACACGCUACCAGCGAUGCGAGCCGUCAAGGCGACCAAGCGUUUCUCGCCUGCAAAGUAG